AUGGUCACCUCGCCCCAAGGGGAUAACCACCUCACCACGGUCUCGUCGGCGAUGCCUCCCGAGUUGCUGUCAGCGAUGAAGAAAAUGUUGGACCCGCAGUACGUGAAAAAGCUGUUUGACAGCAUAGAUGACAUGGGGUUUGAGGUGAGCAUAGACAAGUUGACAGCGACCAAGCCAGACUGGAAAGAGGAUGAGGAGGCGGCAUUUCCACAGCAAGUACGGAAUUCCGAUGCAUCAGUGCCAGGUGCCAAUAACCGGAGCAGAGACGAGGAGUUUUCUGAUGGAUUCAGUGCAUCCAAAAAUUCGAAAAAGAGAGCCUUGGAGAGAACGUUUUCCCCUCAGCCAAAGAAGUUCUGCUCCUCAGAAUUCUUCCGCGGGCAGGAGGUCUUGCACAGUACAAAUUCAAUCCCGGAGCAAAACCAGAGCUUUUGCCAGUCGGACUUCAGUCAUUCCAGGGGCCACAACUCCUCACUGCUCGCCUCUCCUCCCCAGAACAUGGCCUGUGACAUGAGUCCAGCGCGCGCCAAACAAGGGCCGGCCAACACCUUGCGUUCUUAUUAUGAUUCUGUCCUGCCCCAGCCCCCUCGCUCAUCAGAAGGCGGCGGCCCAGCACGCGGCCUCCUUCACCCGGAGCUCAGGAAAGGGUUCCACCACGACCACACUGCUCAAAACACGUCAACGAAUCAGGGUAAAGAGUGCCAUGGCGGAGGUGGGGUUCCAAGCAUGUGUGAGAACCCGGCGGCUGACGCUGUCUUCUCGAACCAGGGCUUUCAGAACAACCCGAGGCGUGUCGAAACCCCUUGCUCUUAUCGUCAGUCUGAGGCCAACAGUUCCCCCAUGUAUCCGUCGAUAGCUGCUCAGAAUCACCAUUUCCCUCAGAACUCCCCAUCGCUCCUCCAUUCACCGCAAGCAAGAACGUUUCCUCAAGGAGAACAAGCUGUUGUUCCUUCCUUCCCACACUCGAAUCAGACAGACCAAAAUUUCCACUUUUCGUCUCGAAUGGAUGUCCUGAUCAGCACCCAGAGGCAGCAACAACAGUACAUGCAACAGUCAGAGCGACAGCAGUUACAAAUGAAACAACAGUCUCUAAAACAGCAAGAUGCAGCGCAAAAUAAUCAAGAUCAGCAUCGACAGCAUUCCCAACAAAAUCAGCAAACUCAACAGUUGAAUUACCAGGUGCAUAUCAACUGUCAGCAGUCAUUGCAGAAUUACCAACCAAGUAGAUCGUACCAACAGGCAAGACAACAGCAAGAGCAACAACAGAAAACAGGACAACAUUUUCAAUCUGGAGCAAUAUACCAACAAUCUAUACAAACCAAGCACUCAGUACAAUCCCAACAAUCAGAAUUGCAUCUCAAGCAAUUAAAUCUGCGUCAGCAGUCGGAAAUGCACCAUCAACAAGACAUGCAUCAUCAGCAUUUAAGACAGCAUAACCAAGUGGAACUGCAGCAUCAGCAGUCUAGGCAUCAACAAUCUGAACAGCAAUACCAACAGACGAGACAACACCAACCAGACACGCACCACCAACAGAGAAGACAACACCAGCAUCAUUUACACCAGCAACAGCCAGGCCAGAAUCAGUGCAUGAGCCACCAGGCGCAUGAUCGUCCCCAUACACAACUAAACGCGAACGUACGUGGACCGCCGUUUCCUUCAGGGCAGAUCCAGCAAAAUCCUUCUCUUCAACAUUGGCAGUCCAGUCCUCCGUUCUGUCAGAGUAACUAUCGCCUUUCCAAGUAA